GCUUUGCCUUCCUCUGUCUAGAGAGAGUGAGGUUUUCAUUUUAAGAGGCUGACUAAAAAAUGCAGAGCCACUUCCUGGGCAGACUUCCAAGUGACUACAUCUCUCUGACAGCGCUCCCCGGAGCCCCAGCCCAAGCGGCCUGGGGCGGGGCCUCCAGCCGUUGGUGGCUGUUGGAGCCCCCACAGGAGCAGUUAUCUGCAGCCCGCCAGAAAUGCUGUGCUUUUAGGCCCUCCCCGGGCACAGAUAACGACUUUGGCCUUUGCGCUGAAGAGACGUCAGAGUUUGUGAUUGGCCAGGCCGGUGUGUGUGAAAUCCAGAUGUCUGCCUCGCUCCUGAGUAUGACAUUCCUUCCAGCCGAGUACCCCCGGGUGUGGACCCUGACUGCACCUGCCCCAUUUGCAGACGAAACCAGCUGCCAGUGCCAAGCACCCCAUGAAAAACUGACCAUUGCUCAGGCCCGCUUAGGAACACCAGUUGACAGGCCUGUCAGAGUAUACGCAGAUGGAAUAUUUGACCUCUUCCACUCAGGUCAUGCGAGGGCACUUAUGCAAGCAAAGACACUGUUUCCCAACAGCUACCUGUUGGUAGGAGUUUGCAGUGACGACCUCACCCACAAAUUCAAAGGUUUCACUGUGAUGAACGAAGCAGAGAGAUACGAAGCUCUGAGACACUGUCGCUAUGUGGAUGAAGUCAUCAGAGAUGCUCCGUGGACACUCACGCCAGAGUUUCUGGAAAAACAUAAGAUUGACUUUGUGGCCCACGAUGACAUCCCAUACUCCUCUGCUGGCUCUGAUGAUGUUUACAAGCAUAUAAAGGAAGCAGGAAUGUUUGUUCCAACGCAGAGAACGGAGGGCAUCUCCACAUCAGACAUCAUCACCAGGAUUGUCCGUGACUAUGACGUUUAUGCCCGACGCAACCUGCAGAGAGGGUACACGGCCAAGGAGCUGAACGUCAGCUUUAUAAACGAGAAGAAGUACCGCUUCCAAAACCAGGUAGACAAGAUGAAGGAAAAGGUCAAAAAUGUGGAGGAAAGAUCAAAGGAAUUUGUUAACAGAGUGGAAGAAAAGAGUCAUGAUCUAAUUCAAAAGUGGGAAGAGAAGUCAAGAGAAUUCAUUGGCAACUUCCUAGAACUGUUUGGGCCUGAUGGAGCAUGGAAGCAGAUGUUCCAGGAGAGGAGUAGCCGGAUGCUGCAGGCCUUGUCCCCAAAGCAGAGCCCCGUGAGCAGCCCGACCCGGAGCCGGUCCCCUUCCCGCUCCCCAUCGCCCACCUUCUCCUGGCUCCCGAACAAAACCUCACCCCCGUCUUCACCCAAAGCAGCUUCAGCCUCCAUUAGCAGCAUGAGCGAGGGGGAUGAGGAUGAGAAGUAGAAGCUGCUAGUAGACAGGAGCCGCACCACACAGGCCAGGAAGGAAGGCCGGGGCACUGGGGGUGCCUGGGUGGUGUCAGGGCUAAUAGUCACAGGAGCUGCAGCGCAGCAGGGAGACCCUGAGCCCUGCUAAGGGACGGCGUUGGGACCAGCUCUCCCUCAGUCUCCACUCAGCCCAACACUUGGGCUCUGCAUGGAGGUUUCCAGCCGGACAGACCUACACGAAACCUCUUAUCAUCUAGAAUCACUCCACCCUUGCUAAGGAAAGGUGCAGAGCACCCCCAGGAGACUUGCACUGAGCGGGGUGCCCUCCGUCUUGGUUCUCACCCCCACCCCCACCCCCACCAGGUAUGCCGCCUGUGGAAGUGGCUGUUUCCUCAGCGUGCUCCUUCCAGCUCCUAAGGGCCUUGCACGUUGCCUCCUGCCACCCAAGCUCUGCCAGAAUAAAGUUGUUUCCAGUAGAGGUGGCAAAGUGCUUCUGAGAUAGUUAAAGACAAACGCUAACCUUCUAAGUUUAGCCACUGGGACCUGAUGUCACAACAUAUCAAUUCUUUCCAGUUCCAGGAACGUGGAGCCUAAACGAAGCCUGCUUUAGGCCAGCUACAUACAGGGUCACCUAGUGUGCACCUGAACUUCUUAUUCAAAGGAUAGUUUUGUCACGGAGAAGGCCACCUAAGGCCUCCUGUGCUCCUGGCUCUACUCUUUCAUCAUUGGUUUGACUUCAUUGUUUUCCAGAAAUUACCUUAAUCUAUGGGAAAUGCAACAAAACAUCCUAUAUAAAUAUAUAUAUAUAAAGGAGCUGCCUUGCUUUGGCUCCAAGUUUAGCAGAUGGUAGAUGUUUCCUGAAGCUUCUCCUUAAAAGGAUGCUAUUACGGAAUGGCUUUCCCCAUUUCUGACCAGUUAACAGUUUCAUAGACUUCAAAUAACAGUUUGAUGUACCAGACCACAUAGUAGACCCCUAGGGGCGCUACCUGCACGUGUCUGUUCUGUGUAUGCGCCCAGCACGCCGCCCAGGGCGCACACUGUAUGCGCCACGAAUACAUGGCGGUGGCGCUUUACACUCUGCUCCUCUCGCCCUCACACUCCACUAAAAUCCUCGGUCUUAAGAACUACCUGGUUCCCUGAGACUUGGGCACUUUGCUCAAAGCUGCUUUGUCCAAAGCUCAGCCUGCCUUCCGGUAGCAAUGUCUUGUCCCAGCCAAGAAGUGAGCACGUUCUCAUGGCCUCCCGUCAGCUUUUUGGGUGGAGGGAGGCUCUGAAGAGUCUCCCAGAGCACGGUGGGAGCCUCGGUAUCUGAAUGCUACAGGUGGGACUGCAGAUCCCCCGGCCCUAGGUUUCAAAUGGGACGAAGACGCUAAGCACCCCCUCCCCCCGGCUUGUCUCUGCUGUCACUGUCCCCACGUGCACAAGUGGGCCAUGAGCAGGCGGAGGCGAGGUGUAAGGCCUCCCUCUUGGGCAGAAGAGGCGCUGCCUGGCCGAUUCCCAGUGAGGCCAGAGCCCAGCAUCCCUUUUGAGAGAAAGUCCUCCCUUUCAGAGGCCUUGGGACCCAGCCUUCUGGGUGAUGAGUGGGGCAAUCAGUGAAGGAUGGUGGUGUGUCUUUCCCCCUUGUGCUGGGGUUGAACUACCUCCGUGCCCACCUAGAGAUAAGUGGGGUUUGUUGCGAAGCGAAACCAUGAGGUUACGCUGGCUCGGAAACCCCUCGUUCCUGGCACUUUCGCCAGAACUCUGUCGAGCACUCGUGUGGGACAGAGAGCCGGUGGGAGCAUGGUGCGGGAGAAGAAAACUGCUCGUUGCCAUCAAGGCCCAGAGCUUUUCUCUGCCGAGAGAGGCAGAGGCCCCAUUCGUCCACAGUGCCCACUUCGGUCUCUCCCGUCCUCUACCGCGGGCACAUGGGGACAUAGGCCCACCAUUUCUGGCAGUUGACACUUGUCGCAGUGACAGGGCAAGGAGAGCAGCUGGGCAAGGCCAGACAGUGAGGACAAGGGAAGCGAAAAGGAGAAAGAGGGGCCUGGAGAGGAAAGGAAGGAAGGAAGUCUGCACUCUCAAGCCACUUCGGCACCUUCCUUUGUAGGGAAACUCUCAGGAAUGCCUUUUCUGAGCUUACACCAUGGCCCAGAGCAGAUGAAUCCACUUUACCUGAAUCCUGCUCUGGCGCCAAUAGCUUGGGCUUGACCUAUCAGGCAGAUGCUAAGUUUGCAGGCCUUACGCAUCUUACCCACAGGUGCCGCUUACUCAGAUUCAGUGCCAUCAUAGGUACCAAUUAUGGGAAAUGACUAAUGCCUGGGCUCUUCCAGGGAUGGCUGUAACUACCCGCAAGUCCAUUCUAAAUGUCGCCUGAUGUCCCUCUCCCCGACCUCUAACAGUACCUCCCCAUCCUAAGAUGACUGUGAAGGAAUGGGGUAUUCUGUGACCCAACUUUUGAUGUUUCCUGGCCAUCAGUUUCCCCUUGCCCCUCCUCCCUUGCCUAGGAGGAGAUGGGGUUGCUCUUUGUUUGGGCCUCCAGUCAAUAGCCAAGAGCGGGUUAAGGCUGGAAUGAGAUGUGGAUAAAGUGUGAUGCAAGCUCUGAGAGGUAAGCACAAGUGAGAAAAAGCAAGGCAAGAUUCUUCUGCUCUAGAAAGGGAAGGAAGCUCCAGACUGAGGGUGAGAGAAGAGCAAUUUAGGUUGUGGAAGGAGGCAGGUCACAAGAAGGUGGGCAGAAGUGAGAGAGGGGUUCCUUUCCGCUUCCUUACCACUCACCUAACAGGUGAAGGUAGCAGACUUCAUUUCGCAGAUACCCAAGGUUAGGAGGUACCCGUGCAGGAUGUGGGUUCCCCCUGCCCAGCUUCCCCAUUUUGCCACUUCUCCCUCCUGGGGACCCUAAAGUCAAAUGGUCACCAGCUAACAACAUGGGGCAGCUGUCAUGUCAUAGUCACAUUUGAGUGGCUCAGAUCCGGCAAGCCAGCUCCCGUGGGCCAGGACUUAACAAAGGCAAAGGAAACCAACCU